AUGGGCAGCGAAAAAAAUCCUAGAUUUUUGUUUGUGGUCUCGACUCCCCAGCAGCUCGAUCAAGGUUCCGUAAGGAAAAAUCAGGCUGCAGCUAGAGCCCACGCAGCCAAAAUCUCUCACCCAUCCGCUCGUGCACAAGCCACCUUAGAACAGCAGCCAUCACCCCAAGACUCUGCUCCAAACUCCGCUUCCAGCGAUCGUGAGCAUGAUCAACAUCAUCUAGCAGCCACUGCUCUCUCCAAGGACAAGCCAGGAAUCUCCUCGACUUCACAAGCACAGACUAUCUUCAUCAAAAGCAGAUCACGAACCAGAAAAGUUCGGCAUAAACCUCGAGGUCUACGUGCUUCGGGUCAGCCGGCCGGUAGUCCUCGAGAAGACAAACGUGAUCCUAGAGCUACAAGACUAUGUCCUCCAGCGGUGAGUGUUGAUCCGCUAUAUUGGCUCCCAUACGAGAAAGAUGAAGCCGCCUACCAGGCCGUGGACUACUAUGCCAAUACUGCAGCACCUGCCCUUCGUCCACUCUACGAAAUAUUCAACAUGACCAGCACCUAUACUUCCCUGUUCCUCGAGUGCAUUAUCGACAGCGAAAGCUUUUACCAUGCAGGUGUUGCUAGACUGCGCGUCACUGAGGAUCUGUUGAGGAAUCCUGGAAGCAAGCCCGCCCUGUCAGUUCUGUUACAUCAAGCAAAAGCAAUUAGCUACCUUCGGCAUGAGAUUUCCCAGGCACCAGAACCGACCACUAUGAUGCUGGCUACCAUCCUGUUUCUCAUUGCCAUCGACAUAGCACUUGGCCAGCAUACAUCAGCAGACAUGCACCGAAUUAACCUAGCUCGGUUAGUAAGGGCUCGAGGAGGUUUAAGUGCACUUGGCUAUGAUGGAUUCGUGAAGGCAACUUUUAUGCAGUCAGUUGGAAAUCGUCUUUCUCGGAUCAUCGCUAACAUUUCGAUGGUCAGAUUUGACAACAUAUAUGCUCUCGAGCGAGGGCCGAGCGUUCUUGUCCCUUUACCACGCUACCGUCCGAAAUACCCUCAGUUUCCCCUCUCGCCGCGACUCUCACAAAUCAUCAUCGAUUUCCCUGACGGCUUCCGGUGCUUGACCCAUCGCCGUAUACUGCCCCUCGACAUGAUCGAAUUACUCUUUCGCAUCUCCGCCACCGUUCGUCGUUGUGCCGGCCGCGCUACCUACGUACCUCUCAAUAAAAGCGAAAACCCUUUCCACUCAAAGCGCCGCAAGUACGAUUCAUUGAGCGACGCUUGCCCCUGGUUGUUCGCACCUGACGACAAGGUGCAUCCCUUGCUCAAACCUCUGACAAUGGCUCUGGCUCUCUGGUGCUGCACUGCAUACUACACGAUCCGCGCCUCUACUGUAAUAUACACUGGAUUUCUCCGCGCUUUGACGAUGCGCCUGCUGCGAGAACCCAUCACGCCGAAGCCUUCUACGAGUUCACAAGCAGAUCUCGAGGGAGCUGCUGACGAAGAGGAUUGCGCAUUAUGGAUUUGGAUGGUGACUCUAGAUGCCUGGAGGCCAGAUGGUGCCGCGAAGCCACAUCCUUUUGGUAAAGGAUUAUUUGCACGUUUCCAAUCCCGCUUUCCGGAGGCAACCACCGACUUCGCAGUUCUCGACAAGGUCCUAAGGAGGUUUUUCUGGACAGAUAGUCUCAGGGCUGGAGUGAAGACGCUAUGGAACGAGGCAGCAGCCCAAAGGGAGCAUCCAGACUCCUAA